AUGUGGGUGAAAAAUGAGGAUAAACUUAAGAAGUGGGUAAGUGAACAUGUAGGGAAUAUACCAAAGCAAAUACGACUCACAAGGCCAUUCAAUGAAAAAGUUGAUCAAGCCAGUUGGAUUUGGUUUCAAGAGAUGCGACGUACCGGGUGUGCAUUGGAUGGUCCUCUGGUGAGAACUCAAGCCCCACGUUUACGGCAAUCUCUCGGAGGUACUAAAGAGUUUGUGGCUAGUCCAGGAUGGUUGACCCGCUGGAAAGAACGUCACGGAGUUAAGUUCGUGACAAUUGCUGGCGAGAAGCUGUCUGCUGAUGUUGAAGGAGCAAACGAGUAUAGGGAGGAAUUCAAAGAAAUUAGGGCUGAAGAAGGGGUCUGCAGUCAUCAAAUCUUCAACUGCGAUGAGACUGGAUUGAACUUCAGAAAAAUGCCCACGAAAACCUUGAGUACCCAAUCAAGUGCACCAGGGCUGAAGGUUCAAAAAGAACGUCUGACAGUCCUGGUUUGCAGCAACGUAUCAGGGACAUUCAAGCUGCCACUAGUGGUUUUGGGCAAAUCUGCAAAACCCAGGGCCCUCAAGGGCAUCACCAAUCCCUAG